CAUUAAAAGUUUUCUAAAAAAAGAAAUAAAACGGAAAAUAAAUUCAGAUUCACGAGGAAGGAGCUCUUGAAAAGACUAUGUGGCGGUGUAUUGACAAUGCAGUUGUCCCCGGUAUCAUCAUUAUCAUGAAGCUCUUAAAAUGACUACGUGGUGGUGUAUAUAAGACUGAAUAGUACAUAAAGCACCUUCUCUUAAGCUCAAGUUUAUCAUUUUUAGUUCUGCAUUUCCCUUCCCAGAAUAAGAACUUGCGACCCUUCAUGGAGCAUGAUUUGCUUAUAGAGUACCCAGUGGAAUCAGGUGUUUUGAAGGAAAUUAGUUUCGAUAUCCUAAGUGAAUCAGAUGCUGCCAAAAUUUCAGCCAAGGUAAUAGAACAUGUGAAUGAAGUAACUGAUCCUGCACUGGGACUGCCAAAUCCAGUUAACGAGUGUCGUACUUGUGGGGCAAAAAACUUGAAAGCAUGCGAAGGCCAUUUUGGUUUGAUAAACUUCCCUUUCACAAUCCUUAAUCCAUACUUCAUAUCAGAAGCUGCACGGGUUCUGAAUAAGAUUUGCCCAGGAUGUAAAUCAGCUCGGUCUGAUAAGAUCAAGAUCGUUGGUUCUGCAUCCAGGCAUCUGCAGCAUGCCAAUUGCAAGUAUUGUGAUGGGACCUUAAAAGAUUAUCCGCCAAUGAGAUUUAAAUUAAUUCCAAAUGACAAGUCUGGGAAACUCACAAUUGUAGCAGAAGUGAAUGAGAAAUUUUGGAGCAAGUUCCCUCAUAUUAGUUCAGGAGGAAGUUUGGCUUCUGAUUAUUGGGAUAUAAUUCCACAUGAUGCAGGGCAAGAUGAAAGUUCUUGUCAACACAAAAAAAGAGUUCUAUCACAUGGACAGGUUUAUAGUUUGCUGAAAGAUGCUGAUUCAAGACUUAUUGAGGCAUUUCUCAAAAGGAAAAAUUCAAUCUUCCUGAGUUGUUUUCUUCUGACCCCUAAUUGUCAUCGUGUUACAGAAUUGGGGCACCAUAUGCUAUUUGAUGAAACUAAUAGGCUCUACAGAAAGCUGAUUGACUUUAGAGGGACGCCCAGUGACUUAAGUAUGCAUCUUCUUGAACGCAUAAAGCUCUCAAAGCUGCGUGCGGAAAGGCAAGCAUUUAUAGACCCCGAAUUCAGUGCAUCUGGUUUAAAGUUUUUGAAAGAACUUCUCAUUGCAAAGAGAAGUAAUCACGUUUUUCGCUUGGUGGUAGUCGGCGAUCCCCAGUUAAAUCUAUUUGAAAUUGGCAUUCCAAGUCAUGUUGCAGAAAGUAUACGGAUAGGCGAGCAUCUAAAUUCAUGGAAUUUGGAGAAGUUAGCCGAGCACUGUGAUCUCAUGAUUCUUCAGAAGGGAUGGGUUUUGGUUCGAAGAAAUGACGACUUAGUUCGCAUUAGCAUGUGUGACAAUUUGCAGAAAGGAGAUAUCAUUUAUAGACCUCUUAGUGAUGGAGAUGUCGUGUUAAUAAACCGCCCCCCUUCCAUUCAUCACCAUUCCCUUAUUGCUUUAUCUGUUAGAAUUCUUCCUAUAACUUCAGCUCUUUCUAUAAACCCCCUUAUAUGCUCUCCCUUUCGUGGGGAUUUCGAUGGUGACUGCCUUCAUGGUUAUGUCCCCCAGUCAAUGGACUCCAGAGUGGAGCUCAGGGAACUUGUUGGUCUAGACAAACAAUUGAUUGAUGGACAGAGUGGGAGAAACUUGUUGUCACUAAGCCAUGACAGUUUAACUGCAGCUCAUUUGGUUCUUGAAGAUGGAGUCUUCUUGAACCGGUCUCAGAUUCAACAGCUUCAGAUGUGUUGCCCCCGGCAGUUACCACCACCAGCUGUCUUCGAAGCAUCACCGAAAGGCUCUUGUUAUUGGACCGGGAAGCAGUUAUUUAGUUUGCUCUUGCCGUCAGAUUUUGAUUAUGUUUUUCCAUCUAAUACUAACGGGGCAUGGAUCAGGAAAGGAGAGAUUGUAUCCUCUAACGGAUCUUCUUGGCUACGGGACACUGAUGGGAAUCUUUUCCGUAGUCUUAUCAAGCAUUAUGGAGAUCAGGUUAUUCAUUUCCUGUUUUCUGCACAGGAAGUUUUAAGUGAGUGGUUGUCAAUGAGGGGAUUAAGCGUUUCUUUGUCAGAUCUAUAUCUCUCACCUGACUCGUCCUCCCGCAAGCAUAUGUUGACCGAAAUCUCAUGUGGUUUGAGAGAGGCAGAGAAACUUUCACUUACAACAGUACUAAUGGUGGACAAAAACCAGGAUUUCCUUAUCGGGCUAUUCGAAGAAAAUAAAGAGUCGACCAAUUUUGGUGUCAAGCAGUUAUCUAUUGAGAAACAGAAGUCUGCGGUGCUUAGCCAGUCUUAUGUUUGUGCUUUCAAAGAAGUGUUUCGGGACAUCCAAAGCCUGCUUUAUCAGUACGCUAAUAGGGACAACUCGUUUCUCGCUAUGUUAAAGGCCGGAAGCAAGGGCAACGUUUUGAAAUUGGUACAACAGAGCAUGUGUCUUGGUUUGCAGCAUUCUCUGGUUCCAUUAUCAUUUAAAAUCCCACAUCACCUUUCUUGUGCUGCAUGGAAUGACGAAAAGAAUCAUCCUCGUGAUCUUCAAGAAUACUCUAGAUCUUGCAUCCCUUCUGCUGUGGUGGAAAAUUCUUUCCUUACUGGUUUAAACCCUCUGGAAUGCUAUGUGCAUUCUUUGACAAAUAGGGAGACAUCUUUUAGUGGACAUGCUGAUGUUUCUGGUACACUGACUCGCAAACUUAUGUUCUUCAUGCGGGAUCUCUGCAUUGGAUAUGAUGGAACUGUGAGGAAUCCCUUUGGAAAUCAAGUUGUGCAAUUUUCUUAUUAUAGUACACAAAAAUCAAACACAUUGGGUGGUGGCCAUCCUGUUGGUUCUUUGGCUGGUAGUGCAAUUUCUGAGGCUGCAUACAGUGCUCUGGAUCAACCCAUUAGCGUGCUUGAAUCAUCGCCUCUGCUGAACCUUAAGCAAGUACUGGAGUCAGGGGCAAGAAAAAGUAGUGGUGAAAAAACUGCAUCACUGUUCUUGUCGAAAAUGCUGGGAAGGUGGGUUUAUGGUUUUGAAUAUGGAGCUUUAGAGGUGAAAAAUCAUUUGGAAAGACUUCUGUUUUCUGACCUAGUUUCUGAAGUAAUGAUAUGCUUCUGCCGGGACACAUUGAGAGGCAACCACAGUAGUCCUUGGGUUUGCCAUUUCCACAUAAAUAAGGAAACUGCUAAGAGGAGAAAAUUAAAGUUGCAAUCGAUUACUGAUGCUCUGAACAUAAGUUACACAGCCAUUAAAAUAAAAACAAAAGUUGACCUUCCAAAUCUGCAGAUAACAUGCGUGGAUUGUUUUGUUCAUGACACGUCAAAGGAAGAUUCAAACUUAUGCAUUACAGCUGCUGUUGUUGGGAUUUGUAAAGAUUCAUAUCUGGGGCUGGAAAUCCUUCGUGAUUUUGUGAUACCGUUCCUCCUUACAACAGUUGUUAAAGGAUUCUCAGCAUUCAAAAGGGUUGAUAUCUUAUGGCGGGAGGAGGCACCUGUUUUGCCCAAGCCAUCUUAUAACAGUACAAGGCCUUCUGGUGAACUUUACUUGCGGGUUAUCAUGUCGGAGAACUGUGACAGAACUAAAUUUUGGAGCAUUCUUGUCGACAGUUGCCUUCAAAUAAUGAAGAUGAUUGACUGGGAACGCAGUCGUCCAGAUGACAUACAUGAGAUCUCUGUAGCCUAUGGGAUAGAUGUUGCUUGGAAAUGCUUUUUAAGUGGCCUAAGUUCUGCACUUUCAGAUACUGGCAAGACCAUCCUCCCAGAACAUGUGGUGCUUGCUACUGACUCUCUUUCAUCUUCUGGACAAUUUCUUGCUUUGAGUGCGAAUGGACUGUCACUUCAAAGAAAAGAAAAUGGUUUUUCUACGCCAUUCACUCAAGCAAUCUUUUCAAACCCUGGAGAGAGUUUUCUUAAAGCAGCCAAGUUGGGAUUGUAUGACGAUCUUCGAGGGAGUGCUGAAGCUUUGGCUUGGGGAAAGAUUCCACCUGUUGGUACCGGUUUCCAGUGUGAUAUUUUAUACUCUGGGAAGGGAUUUGAGCUCUCUGAGCCCACUGAUGUGUAUAAACUGCUGGGAAAGCAUGCUGAAUUCCAGAAACAGAGAGUGGCGACCAGUCCUGAGCAAAACCAUGAACUUUCCAGAAAAUCUCUUGCUCAACGCCUGUGUACAUAUGAUGGAAUUUUUUCUGAGAGAGAGAGUAGUUUGUUGUUACCAAAAGCGGUUUUGAGUUCCUUUUCCCUGAAUGACAUUCAGAGGCUCUCAAGGGCAUUGAGGAACAUCUUAUACACGAAUAAUGUGAAUGAUAUUUUGAAGGAUUCUGACAAGUCUGUUGUGAUGAGGGCCUUGUAUUUUCAUCCUCGAAGGAAUGAAAAAAUCGGUACCGGAGCACAUGAUAUCAAGGUUGGUCAGCACAAAGGACAUGGAGACUCCCGCUGUUUCCUUUUGGUGCGCUCUGAUGGAACAGAGGAAGACUUCUCUUAUCACAAAUGUGUACAUCAUGCCCUUGAACUAAUUGCUCCCAAACAGGCAAAAACGUAUAGCUCUCGAUGGUUGAGUUUGGCUCGCUGAUUUCAAUGACGAAUGUAAAUGAAACACCUCAUUUCUUUCUUCCCAUAUUUUUUUUUGUAUGAAUAAUCCUGCAGGCCCUGAAGGGAAACCUCCCGUACCCCUAGGGAGAAUCGAACUAGUGGCUUUUGGAAAAUUUUGUUCCUGGAUUUAAGCCAGUUAAACUAUCUAGUCUUUUAAAGGGCAGUCUGGGGGUAAUCACUUUUAAUAGAAGUAAGAUAGAAAAGCUUUGGAUAGCCCCAAUCUGUUUCAUCUUGAGGGUUAUCCUGGGGUAGAUUGAAAUUAAAACCAAGUCUACUCAAGCUAAUGCCCUAAGAACAAUGCAGUCAGGCGUAAAGUGCACUCAAGGAGCUAGAUUCACAUAUCACUUGAGCCUCAAACUCUCAAAGCCCAUUAAAAAGCACCUAAAUCAUGCAAGGUGCACAAUGUUGAAA